AUGACGACGGAAGAAGUAUGGGUGGGAAGCUGGCGGCCCCAUCGUCCCCGGGGGCCCAUCAUGGCCCUCUACAGCAGCCCCGGCCCCAAGUACCUGAUUCCACCCACCACAGGCUUCGUGAAGCACACGCCCACCAAGCUGCGUGCACCCGCCUACAGCUUCCGCGGGGCCCCCCUGCUCUUGUCCGAGAACUGCUCCCCGGGGCCUCGCUACAGCGUGAACCCCAAGGUACUGAGGACUGGCAAGGACCUCGGCCCCGCCUUCUCCAUCCUGGGGCGCUACCACACCAAGACCACGAUGACCCCUGGCCCCGGCGACUACUUCCCAGAGAAAUCUACCAAGUAUGUGUUCGACUCGGCGCCCAGCCACUCCAUUUCUGCCCGGACCAGGACCUUCCGCGUGGACAGCACCCCAGGCCCUGCCGCCUACAUGCUGCCCAUGAUGAUGGGGCCCCAAACAGUUGGGAAGGCCUCCCAGCCCUCCUACUCCAUCAAGGGCCGCAGCAAGCUGGGCGGCUUCAGCGACGACCUGCAUAAGACCCCAGGUCCUGCAGCCUACCACCAGACCGAUGUGCAGGUGACCAAGUUCAAGGCUCCGCAGUACACCAUUGCGGCCCGAGUGGUGCCCCCGGGGGACAAGACCCUCAAGCCAGGACCAGGAGCCCACAGCCCUGAGAAGGUGACAGUGACCAAGCCCUGCGCCCCCAUCGUCACCUUCGGCAUCAAACAUUCCGACUACAUGACCCCCCUGAUCCUGCAGGUGGACUAG